CAAGCUGGCUUCUGAGAUUGCACCUUCUCCUCCUGCUCCUUCUCCAACUCUAUGGCCCUCCAAGGCAGAGCUGACCCGCUCAAAAAGCAAGGCAAUGCAGCAAGCAACACAGCCACAGUUGUCACCCAGCAGGCAGAGCUUAUACCAGCCCCAUCCAACCCCAGUCUCCAAGACAAAGCACGGACACCAUUUCCACGACCUCAGCGUAAGCCGCUUGGUUCCAAGGAGAGCCUUCCGCGAAAGCUGGACAAGGACAAGACGGUGACGCGUCACAUCCCACGCCUCCGGGCUGUGGUUGAGAGCCAGGCCUUCAAGAACGUCCUGGUGGAUGAGAUGGACAUGAUGCUGUCCCGUGCUGCCACCCUCAUCCAAGCCAACUGGAGAGGCUACCGGCUCCGGCAAAAGUUGGUCUCCCAGAUGAUGGCAGCAAAGGCCAUCCAGGAGGCCUGGCGACGCUUCAACAUGAGGCGUCUCCUCCGGUCUGGCAAGUCGGUGGAGAAAAAAGUGAGCGCGGACGAGGGGAACAUCCCUUACCACCACCCCCAGCAGGUGCGCUUCCAGCAUCCGGGAGAGAGCGAGUCCCCUCUGGGCCAGCCCAUCAUGGUGAGCAAAGAGACCCAGUUCCCUUCCUCUGACAGCCUGGAUAUCUGCACCCACCGGCUGGCCCUGCACACCCAGAGCACGCCACAGCCUGGCAUGCAGGCCCCUUGUCCCAGUGGAGGCCCCAGUGUCACCUUCCUGCCACACCAGACCGUUGCCAUCAGACUUCCGUGUCCAGUGAGUCUAGAUGCCAAGUGCCACCCAUGCCUGCUGACAAGACCUGUCAGAAAUGCCUGCCUUGGCCACAUAGAAGGGGACACGGUGAAGACCAAGCAAGUAACCGCCAGAGCCAACAAGUCAGGAGUCCCAGGGCCACCACCAUCCAGAAGGUAUGCCCAGGCAGGUCAUGGACCACUCAAGACCCAGACCCAGGCCCACAUGGAACCAGAGGUCUUCAAAGUCCUACCCCAGACAGGCCCAGCACCUGUGACAGCCAAGACCCUACCUCUGACGUCUUCAGGGGCCACAAUAACCAAGACCCCACCCCAGCCCUGUGUCGUGCCCACGGGAACGAUAGCCAAGACCCCGCCCCAGAUGUACCCAGCAGCCCGGAUGACCAAGACCCCAACCCAGACGUACCCUGCAGCCUCAGUGGUCAAGACCCCUCUCCAGGCAUGCCUGGCCGCCAUAAUGAACAAGACUCCAGCCCAGCCAUGCUCAGCGCCCACAGUCACUGUAACCAAGAGCCCACCCCAGACGUCCCAGGUAGGCCCGGUGGCCAAGGCCUCACCCCAGACGUCCCAGCCAGCCACAGCGACCAAGACUCCAUUUCAGUCAUGCCUAGCGGCCAUGAUGAACAAGACCCCGUCCCAGCCAUGCCCAGCAGCCCCAGCGUCCAAGACCCCAACCCAGAUGCGUGCAACAACCUCAGUAACCAAUGCUUCACCCCAGACACGGCCGGCAGCCAUGAUGGCCAAGAUCUCACCACAGAUAUGCCUGUUGGCCUCAAUGAUCAAGGCCCCAACCCAGACACGCCCUGUGGCCACAGCGACCAAGACUCCGCCCCAGACAUGCCCCGUGCCCACGAUGGCCAAGGCCCCAACCCAGAUGCGCCCGGCAUCCCCGACAGCCAAGGCCCCACUGCAGACAUGUACGGCAGCUGCCACGGCCAAGACCCCAUCUCAGACGCUCACGGGGGCCUCAGUGACCAAAACCCCUCCCCAGACACGUCUGGCAGCCAUGGUCACCAAAACCCCAGCCCAAUUUCGCUCAAUGGCUGCCAUCAUCAGAACCCUAUGCCUGCCGCCUCCAACAGCUGGAAAUCUGAAGUCCUCACCACCGGUUACGGUGGCGGCUGGCAUCCCCAACACCUCAUCCCACACGUAUCUGAAUGGACCAAAGGCCAAGGCUGUGGGGAAUGCAAAGCAGACAACAGGGAUGGUCAAGAUCUCAUCCCACUCAUACUUGGCUGAUGGAAAGGUCAAAUACUUUCCCCCACCACAGCUGGGGGCUGGGACUCCUAAGGCACCAGCCAGGCCUCCUUUGGAAGCUGAAAAAGUCAAGGCCUUCUCUCAGAAACAGGUGAAAACGGAAACAACAUCUAAUAUGAGUGUGGCCGUUGAAAUGCCCAGGGCUUCGCCAUGGGCAAAAGUGGUUGAGGAUAGCAACAAGUCCUCAUUACAAACACACCUGAGGACAGAUGUCGUGAAGAUUCAGUCCCAGGUAUAUGUGCCUGAAGAAACAGCUGUGGUCCUGCCCCAAGCCCAGCUGGCCGCAUGUCCGGCCAAGGCUCCGGAUCCAUGUCUGGCCAAAGCUCUGCCCCAGGAAUGGCUGGCCACGUGUCCAGCCACAGCCUCGUCCCAGGGACAGCUGCUUGCUGAAUUGACCGUGACUCUGCCCCAGGCACAUCUGGGCACAUGCCUGGCCAAGACCCUCUCCCAGGCAUAUUCGUCCACCAAGUUGACCAAGACCCAGUCCCAGGGACAUCCGCCUGCUGAGGUGCCCACGGCUGAGGCUCAAUCACAUCUGGGCACGUGUCUGUCCAAGACCCUGUCCCAGGCACAUCCAUCUGCCAAGGUGACCAAGACCCCAUCCUUUGCACAUCUGGGCACAUGUCUGACCAAGGCACAGUCCCAGGCACACCUGGCCACAGGAGUGAUCAAGGUCCAGUCUCAAGCCCGUCUGCCUACUGGGCUGACCAAGGUGCAGUCGCAGGCCCAGUUGGUCACAGGAAUAGCUAAAUGCCUCUGUGCAACCCCCCAACCUGCUGAGCUCAGUGGCAAGACCCAGUCACAGCCUCUCCUGGCUGGGUUCAAGGCCUCCUCCCAGCCUUGCCAGCACGUUGGUGCCCUCGGCACUCUGCCCCAAGCCAAGCUAGAGGACAGACUGACCCAGCCCCAGCCCCACAGCAACGCACAGGGCAAAGCCACCCAGGGCCCAUGCCAGGGGGCCUCUGAGAUCCAGAGCAUACUGGUGCCCCUGUUGGCAUCUGCCAGACAUCCCACAUGCAGCGUCGAAUCCUGGGGUGACAGUGGAGUUACCCGGGCCCGGCCGUCGACGACCGGUCCAGCCACACCCUGCCAGGAAGAGCUAGCAGCCUCCCAGCUCGCCUCCCUGUGUGCUGAGCUGGCCGCCGAGCUGGGCUCCCAGGAGGACCUCCGGGCCCUGCUGGCGAAAGCCCUCUCUCAGGGCCCAGUGAGGGCGGCCCUGAGCCAGGCCCUGACCAAGAAAGUCCUGGGCACCACGAUGGCCAGGGCCCUGCCCCAGGGCCUACUGGGCACGGCGCUGAUGAAAGUGCUGUCCUGGGGUGAGCUGGGCGUCGCCCUGUCCCGCACCCUGACCCCCACGGAGCUCCGGGCAGAACUCACUAAAGCCAAGCAGGGCAAACUGGCCAAUGUCCUCAGCAAGGCCCUGACGGAGGAGGAGUGGGCCGCCCUGAGCCAGGCCCUGUGUCAGGGGGAGCUGGGCGCGGUCCUGAGCCAGUCUUUGUCUCAGGCAGCCCUGAGGACUGGAGUUGUCCCUCCCAAGGCCACCUCGAAAACAGCGGGAAGCAGGAUGACAGUGAUGCCAGCCCCAGUGGAGGUGGGGAGCCCAUCGGCUGUGUGGGGGCCCGCCCUGGGGCCCGCGAGACCACAGCCCAGCAAGGGCCCCGUGGACGCUGGCAUAGCUGGUGGCCAAGCGCGGAACCCUGCCGUCCCCAGUGUGGCAGUCGGGCCAACGAACAGCACGGUGGCCCCCAGCGGCCCGUGGGAGCCACCCAGGGCGCCUGUGCCCCGGGACACGGUGGGCAGAGAGGCAGCGGUGGAUCCCAGACAGUCGGGGGAGCUGCUGGCGUCGAUGCAGGCUGUGGAGAAGAUGAUCGUCCGCGCUGUGGUCACCAUCCAGGCAGGCGCACGUGGCUACCUGGUGCGCCGUACCAUCAAAGUGUGGCACCAGUGGGCCAUCAUCAUCCAGGCUGCCUGGCGCGGCUACUGUGUGCGGCGGGACCUGGCCCAGCUCUCCAGAGCCGCCACCGUCAUCCAAGCCCUGUGGAGAGGUUUCUGCACCCGUCGGGGCCAAACCCAGCCUGCGUGGCUCCCAGGCACAUGGGCCGGGCUGGGCGGCAGGACCAGGUCCACAUCUGACCACCGCUGUUUCCAGUCCUGCCAGUCCCACGUCUGCACCCUCUGCCGGUCCCUGAGUCCCAGGGUGGGAAGCCCGCCCAGCGUGGUGAUGCUGGUGGGGUCCAGCCCCCGCACCUGCCACAUGUGUGGCCACACCCUGCCUACCCGGGUGGUGCACGGCAUGGGCCGGGGCGCCCUAGUCCAGGCAGGCACACCGUGGGGCGGUGUCCCCCAGACGACCCCUCGCAGCCCCCCGCAGUCCCGUAACCGGAAUAAGGCGGCCACGGCCAUCCAGUCGGCCUGGAGGGGCUUCACUGCCCGCCGCCAGCUGAGGCAGCAGCAGGGAGCCGCCAAGAUGCUUCAAGCCACCUGGCGUGGCCAUCACACCCGGGCCGUCCUCACCACGGAUGCGCUCUUGGGGCCUGCAGCAUGGGACAGUCAGCAGCACAUGCAGUGGCUGGGUGUCUAGGACAUCGGCGGACCGGUGGGGGACACUGGGGGAGGGGCAUAUGGCUCUUUGAGUCUAGUGAAUAAAGCCCUCCACAGCCUGGGUCUCGGUCCA